GGCCUCAGCGGUGGUGGCCACGAUAUGACACACCUGUACCCUUAGGGCUGGUUGCUCACCUGAGAGCGACAGAGAGAUAAAGUCAUGACCUCAGUCCCUGCUCCUCUCCUUCCCUGCAGACCCCGGCAUGUGGGGAUACCUGUCCCUGCUGCCUGCCUUCCUGGCAUUCUGGGCUACUGCUGGCAUCUGGACCGUUUUUUCGCUUGCUGUGGCCAACAAGGCUGUGAACCUCACGGAAGGCUUCCCCUAUAUCAGUCGAUGUGGAAAUAGCCCCCCUCAGAGCUGCAUCUUCAGCCAGGUGCUCAACUUGGGAGCUGCUUUGGCCGCCUGGACCUGCAUUCUCCGUUACCAGCAGCUUCGGGACUGGGGGGUCGGAAAGUGGCCUAACCAGCUGAUCCUGUGGACGGGGCUCCUCUGCGCCCUGGGCACCUCCAUAGUGGGCAAUUUUCAGGAAAAGAACCAGCGGGCCACGCACCUGACGGGGGCCUUCUUCGCCUUCUUCGUGGGAAUAUUCUACUUCUGGCUGCAGCUCCUUCUCUUCUGGAGGAUGAAGAGUCUGCCCCAGCCUGGGGCUCCCUGGAUCGGGCCACUCCGUCUGGUCCUCUGCAGCAUUUGCACCAUCCUCACGGUGGCCAUGGUCGUCCUGCACACCUGGUCACUGCGCUCAGCCUCUGCCGCCUGUGAGUGGGUCGUCGCCAUGCUGCUGUUCAUCCUCUUUGGCCUCUUUGCGGUGGACUUCUCCGGCCUGGACGGCUGCACCCUGUGCCUCCAGCCGGGCCCUGGCAGCCUGAGCCCCCCGCCGGCCUCCCCCAUCUCCCUGAAGGUCCAGCUCUGAACACCUGGUCAGCGUGGUAUCUUCACACCUCC